AUGUCCAGUCGCAGGCUGAAGCAUGUCCUCGCGGGCCUUCGACCUCCACCGCAGCCCAUAGGUGUCCUCAAGCUUGGAGACAUCUCGCACGAAAUCCUCGCCGCGCGCGACCCAAGCAGGCUGCCGCACUCAGAGGAUAUCCUCCUCGACAUCGCCAACCCGUUCAACCUCGACAACCUCCACUUCAUGCUCCAGAAGUUCCUCCUGGGCCAAGACAUCUUCCUUCUCUCUCAGCCUGGUCCAUAUGCUCGCCGUCUCGCUCUUACGUUCUGUCGUAUGAUCAACUCCGAGUACGAGCUCGUCGCUCUCCAUCGCGACGUCGGCGAGACGGAGCUCAAACAAGGGCGCGAGAUUCGCGAAGGCGGUAACUUGGUGUACGUCGACAGCGCGGCCGUUCGCGCGGUCAAGUACGGACGGGUACUCGUCAUCGAAGGGGUUGAAAAGGCGGAGCGCGGGAUCAUGCCUGUUCUGAACAAUUUACUGGAGAACAGAGAAAUGAACCUCGAAGAUGGGACGCACAUUGUUCACCCCCAUCGCUACGAGCUUCUAGACACGAACGAGUUCGACUCUGCGGAGUUCAUACCCGCUCACAAGAACUUCCGGGUCAUAGCCAUAGCGGCCCCGGUUCCACCAUACCCUGGAUACCCACUGGACCCACCAUUCCGGAGUCGCUUCCAAGCACGCUUUGUUGACCCCCUGGGUGCUCUGCUGGCUCUCCAGCGGACAGAAGCCACCACCGCCAAAUCGGUGCUAGAGAUGCCCUUCUACCAGAAGCUCCGGGACAUAAUUACUUCCACGCAGAUCGCCAGCGAAUCAAGACACGUCCUUGACGCUGUCGCGAGAUCCACCCUCCCCGCAUUCCCGCAGACCGCACUAGCCAAGGCCACCGCGCUCCUUUCGCUCUUCCCCCCACCUCCGACCACCCCCCCAGAACAGCUAGCGCGUUUCGUGCUCUGCAUGCAUCCCGCUCUCAUCCACAGCCCUUUCAUCGCCUGGGCUAUGCUCUCGCGCCAGUUCGAGGAAGCCGGCCUUGGCGAGCUCGGCAGCCCGAACCUCACUGGGAUCGAGGACGACGUUGGGCUCUUUGGAUACCGGCUGGCGCGCAUCGACCGUGUGGACGACCGCACCGCGCACGUAACCUUCGCUAGUUCUUUCGACACCCAAGUCGACGUGGACGUCCCCGCCGGACCACUCGAGUACCUGGCGUACCCGUUCGCCAACCCGGAGUUCCUCGGCUUCGUGCCCAGUGCACGCUUCAUGGGUCUUUUGACCGCCCUCCUCCAGGCGCACGCUCUCGGCUGGGACUUGUCGUAUACGCCCCCGGCUCUAGCAUCCACCGCGUCGUGCUCGACUUCGACCCUCGUCCGAGCGCUCGCGGCUGUGCUCGGCUAUGAGCUCGAAGACGUGCACGUCUACAAGGAGCUCGGUGGGCGAGAGCUCGUCAUGCGGCGCAAGAUCCUCGACGGCGGUGCGACCACUUGGGAGCCCAGCCCUCUGGUCGAGGGCGCGUGGGAGGGCCGGCUGGUCCACCUCGCUGGGCUGGAUGUCAUCGGAUCCACGGCGGGCGCACUCGCGCGCCUCACGCAAGACCGUGAAGUAGAGCUGUGGGAGACGAAGCGCAUUGUGCGGCAACUGGGUGAUGAUGAGACCACCUCCGCCGACCUCAGCGUCACCCACCCCUCUUUCCGCAUCAUCAGCACCGCGUCCAAGUCACUGCCGCUGAAGGACUGGCUCUCCGACGAGCACGCGAACAUGUUCUUCACGUUGCCCGCGCAGCCGAUGUCCCCAGACGAAGAGUCCGCGCUGCUCCUCCAGGCCGGCUGCCCCGACGACGUCUGCGCGGCGCUCCUGCGGUUCGCAGACCGGUACCGCGCGGGCAUGACCGCGGACGCAGCGCAGAAGAACCGUAAGCUCGGCAUGCGGGCGCUUCUGUGCAUCGCGCGGCGCGCGGCGCAGUUCCCUGCGGACGCGGCGAACCUGCACGUGCUGCUCGGGCGCACGGUGCUGCAGGACUUCCUGCCGCCUGCGGAGCAGAUGAACCUGAACAACAUCCUAGAGGAGUGUGGGAUCACCAAACGGACGCCCCCGUAUAACCCCCCACCCGAGGUGCGCGACAGCGGCGUCGUCUUCCCAGCCCCGAGCGGGCCGCAGGCGGUGGAGGUGGGCGCGCGGGAGACCUUCGUGCCGUUCUUCGACCGCAGCCAGGACCCGGAUGGCGCGGUGCAUGUGCCGCACAUGGUCCACUUUUACGACAACAGCUUGCAAACCGGGCUGAUGCGCGACCUGGCUGUCGAUCUAGAAGUCUUGGGCGAGCAUCUCGUCUUGCUCGGAAACCAGGGUGUCGGCAAGAACAAGGUUAUAGAUCGGUUGUGUCAGCUCCUCGGACGACCUAGAGAAUAUAUCCAGCUGCAUAGAGAUACCACAGUGAACCAGCUAAUGUUCCAGACGGUCUUGGAGAACGGGCUCAUCAAGUACACGGACUCUCCGCUGCUCCGCGCGAUCCAGAUGGGGCGCGUGAUCGUCAUAGACGAGGCCGACAAGGCCGCCGAGCACGUCGUCGCCAUCUUCCGCAGCCUCGCGGGCCACGGACAGCUCACGCUGGCGGAUGGCCGGCGCGUGCGUCAAAUCAAAGAACGCGAGGGCGACAUCGCCGUGCACCCAAACUUCCGACUCAUCCUCCUGGCCAACCGACCGGGUUAUCCAUUCCUCGGCAACCACUUCCUGCAGGUCCUGGGUGACAACUUUUGCUGCCACGCGGUCACCAACCCCGACAUGGCCAGCGAGCGCAGAUUGUUGUCGCAGCUCGCGCCCCAGCUCAGCGAAGACACGAUUUUACGGCUCGUUGCCGCCUUCCAAGACCUGCGGCGCGCUUAUGACGCCGGCACCCUGACAUAUCCUUACUCCCUCCGAGAGCUGCUCAACCUCGUGAGGCACAUGCAAGCGUACCCGAGCGACUCGCUCGAAGCGGCGCUCCGCAACGUGUUCGACUUUGACGUCUACAAGCCAGAGACGAUCUCAAAGUUACAGGACAUCCUUGACCAUCACGGCCUUGCGGUGAAACAUGUUGGCAUGAGUGCUGCUCGCGAGACCGCGAAGAAGCAGGUUCUGGACCUCAAGUUUGAGCCCCAGGGCGACACCAGCCUCUCCAGCCCCAAGUUCGGCAAGGAGGACCCCGACAACGAGCCGCACACGGGCGGGAAUACAUGGGCCGGCGGAACCGGCGGUCGCGACACGGCGGGUCUUGGCGGCAGGGGCGGCUACAUGCGCCUGUUCAAGGGCCAUGACAUCAAUCAAAUUUCCGACGCGCUGAAGAACGACGUCCCGGACCAUGUCAAGGACCGUGCGCGGGAGAUGGCCCGACAGGAGCUAGCGCGGAGGCUCGAAGAACUCAACUUGAGCGCGGGCGAGGCCAAGGGCUACGGAUCGCUGCUGAACGCCGUCGACGGGCACAUUACGCAGCUGCACGAUCUGCUCGAGAACCUCGCUGCGCGGGAGGAGGAGCGGGUGUGGGUCAAGCGGCAGACGGACGGCGAGCUCGACGAUAGCCGGUUGACGGAAGGUCUGACCGGAGAGGCCACGGUCUACAAGCGGCGCGGGAUGGCGAAGCCGGAACUGGGACGGCCCCAGAUGAAGCCCAAGCGGAUCCGGUUUCUCUUCGACGUUUCCGCGUCGAUGUACCGUUUCCAGGCAGACGGACGCCUUCGGAGAAGCAUGGAAACAGCCGUCAUGCUUAUGGAAACCUUCGAUCGCUUGAAUAGGAAGGAGAAGUUUGUGUGGGAUAUCUAUGGACACUCUGGGGACUCUGCGGAGGUCGCUCUCGUUGAAGCGGGAGAGAACCUGGAGAUCAAUGACCGAUGGAAGGUCGUCGAGAAGAUGGAGAUGAUCACUCAAUAUACCUUCGCCGGCGAUUUCACCGUGGAAGCGAUUGACAAGGCAGUCACCGAAGUCGCCAAGUUUGACGGGGACGACUGGUUUGUCAUUGCUCUGACGGACGCCAACUUCGCGAGGUACAACAUCACGGCCGAGGAGAUUCAAGGUGCGAUGAACCGCAACCCCAAAGUCCACACGGCCCUAGUAUGUAUAGGAGAAGGUGCGGAGGCAGCAUGGAUUCCGAGGAAUCUACCGGGCCGUGGCUACCGAGUGUCCAACACGGCGGACAUCCCCACUGUGCUUCGAAGUAUCCUAUCCACCAUGGUUGACAAGUGA